UUCGAAUAUCGAAGCAAAUGUUGGGGACCCCACAAUGCGAGCCUGGGCUGAAACCCGCUUACGACACGAACCACCUCAAAUGCACACACGAACUCUCCGGCUUCUGUUAUUUCCUCAUGCACCGAAGAAUCGCAUAGUCUUCAGCUUUCUGGGCAAUGGUGCCAGCAACCGAGUACUUGAGCCUGAAUCCGGGACCUCUCUUUCGCCCAUGUACAUGUUUUCGAAUAUCCAUCCGUUAGUUCCGCGGCUACCAUAGCCUCAACUCCAUCGCCAUGGCCAGCGCGGUCGACGACAACUCUUCGGGUCCAGCACUCGUCGGUACCGGCAUCUUCCUCCAGAUCCUCACCGCCUGUCUUGUAGCGGCACGGAUCACGACCCGAUUGAGCUCCGGCAAGCCGCUCCAAUGGCACGAUCGAGCAAUUCUGCUGGCAGAGCUUCUCUCUCUCCCGCAGCUCAUUUUUGUCAUAAACGCAACCUCCUACGGAUUUGGAAGCCAUCAACAAGUUGUUUCGCUCCCGAACAGAACCGCAGCCCAGCGCAGCAUCUUCAUAGCGCAAGUAAUUUGGUACUUCAGCACCACACUCGCCAAAGUCAGCGUCGUAUGCCUCUUACUCUCUCUGAAGCGGACGUCGCGCGCCUGGAUCAUCUUCUCGUACAUCGCUAUAUCAAUUCUGCUCUGCGCACUGAUUCCUAUUACCCUGACCCAGUUCUUGGCCUGUCGACCAUUCUCCGUCUACUGGGAUCCCGCCGUCCGGUUCCAGGCAGUCUGCUGGACACGCCGUGCCAUCGCGGCCAACGUGAUCGCCUUUUCCGUCAUCCAAGCACUCUCUGACGUGGUCUUGUCGCUCAUCCCGCUCACCUUCCUUCUAAAACUCAACUUGCCAUUGCGCGAAAGGAUCGUCAUCUCCAUACUGAUGGGCCUCGGGCUCCUCGCGUCCGCAACAGCAAUCGCAAGGACCGUCAUUGGCGUUAAACCCGGACCGGAUAUGUUCCGAACGGACGCUGAUAUCACUCUCCUUGCAUUGAUUGACCUGCACGUGGGGAUCAUCGCGGCUACGCUUCCGACGUUGAAGGCGUUCUUUGAGGGUUGCCUUGUGAGCAUCAUCAACUGGUCCAGGGAAGAACGUACAGAAGAGGAGGUCAGAGCGACCCUUUGCAAAUUAGGCUUGCUAGACCAAGGGUAUGACCCAAAGACCAUUGGAAUCCAGGUGAGAGAGACGGGUAAGAGCAGCGGCGGUUAGUAAUCGCGGGGAACUCCACCUUCCGUCCCUCUCUUCCUCCACCUUCUUUUCUCCACCCUCACACUCCACUUCUCCGAGUCUCCUUACGGACGGGACCGCAUCAACAGACGGCUGUGAGACUAUGACGGGGGUCACAAACGCUCUACAGAGCCUGCAUAUUACCGUCAAGGGAAA